GCCCCGCGCCGCCGCUGCGCGCAGCAUGACGGAGCUGCACCAGGCCGUGGCCGCGGGGCACUACGCGCGGGCGGAGCGGCUGCUGCGGGCCGAGCGCUGCGAUCCCAACCAUAAGGACGCGGAUUGGGCCGACUGGACCCCGCUGCAUUGGGCCGCCGCCAGGGGUAAGGGCAUCGAUGGCAACGAGCGCCGUCACCGCGAGCACCGGAGCCCUUCGUCCCCUCGCGGGCACGUGGCGAUGCUUCGCCUGCUGCUGAGCCGCGGGGCCCGGCCGUGGCUGCGCAACGCUGCGGGAUGGACCCCGGCCCACUGCGCGGCCGAGGCGGGGCGGCUGGCGGCGCUGCGCACCCUGCACGCCGUGCACGCCCCUAUGGACGCGGCCGACCCCUUUGGGGACACCCCCAGGAGGCUGGCGCAGAUCUACGGGCACGCCGAGUGCGUCAGCUUCUUGGAGACAGCAGAGGUGGAGAGCAGAAAGUACCGCCAGACAGCCGCGAUGAGGGGAAUGCCUUUGGACCAGGUGGAUGAAGACUGGGAACUCAAGAAAGAGGAGCUGGAGAGAAACCCACCGUGCGCCCGGCGCAGCAAUGCAGCCUCUGCUCAGAAGAAGGUGCAGAGGAAGAGAAGGAAGCAGUAGUGUCACUGCGUGGCUGGGGCUGCUGAGAACUCGCAGUGCAGAGCAGAGGCACUGGAGCGUCUCAGGGGGGAACCCAGAUGGGCAGCAGCAGAGAUGGCCGCCAGGAUGCGUCUCUGUGAUGCGCUGCAUGUGCUGCUGUGGUCAGGGGGUGGGUAGGAGCGUUUCUGCCUGCCCAUCUGGGUGUCUGUGUGCAUCAGGUCUCAAGUAUCGGAAUACUGCAGAAGGUGUUUAAAUAUACAAAUUAAGUGCUCUAAUCCA